AGGAUCGAUAAGUGGGGGAAAGUUAUGAAUAGCAAGCAAGCAAGCAAACAUGCAAGAAAGCAAGAAAAGCGGAGAGACGGCGACGACGACGGCGACGACGUCGACGAGAAAGAGAGUCCGGGUUCCAGGUGAAUGUCGAAGCAUUGGGUUCCACCGCUGCAAGCCGAUGCCGAAGGAGGGGAUGGGCACCCAAGCCCGCGGGGUGCCCUAGUCCUCAGCCCGCAGCAACACCAGCGCAGGGGAAACAUACAUACACACACGGAGCGAGGCUGCGAGGAAGUGGAGGAGGAGAGCGAGAGGGAAAUGGAAUAGUGGGGUGGGGGGAGACACUACUGAAAGCACAAGUGAGAAUUGAGCGAGAGGAAUUGUGCCACGGACCCUUUUCGGAGUUGCACCAAUCUUCACGGCUCUCCCUUGCUGCAUCAUUCUCUUCUCCCUCUAGUAGUAUCUCACCUGGGUCGUCGACUUCUCUACCUCAGGGGCGACACGGCGUUGCUAUUUUCGGAGGGUGGCUUGGGGAUGUGAGGGAAUGCCGUUAUGGGGAACUCCUAUGGAGGGUAUUGGCUGUUGGGUGAGGAUGACGGCGAUGGUUGAGCUCGGGUUGAGGUCAUCUAGGCCAGGAUUAGCAUCGGGAGGUGCGGAUUGAUGGUGAUCAAGAGUGAUUGCGGGAGUUGUGAAUGUCGUAUGCUUUUGUGGGAGGUUGAGUGAGGUGAAUUUUGUGAGGAUUGAGGGGGUUGCAGAGGAGCGGAGCGGAGCAGGGCGGGGUUGUGGCGGGACUGGGCUGGGUAGGGUGGGAGAAGGUCGGGGAUUACUAUUGAAUUUUUCGAAACCAGCGAGCGCAGUAUCGUGGUUCUUGCAUAUGACAUGGUGUGGUGUCCGGAAAGGAUCUAGUGAUUUCAGAGCUAAGCUGAUGGUUUAGGUCGGGGUACUUGAAGUUGGGUGGUGGCCAUGGAGGAGAUUUGGAAUAUGAGGUCAUCCUCGAGCAAGUCCCCAGCGCAGCCGAGCCCAUCAACACCAAACCAGUUCAAUUUGGAUCCAGGGCAAUUACCCCAGUCUUACAUGGGUAAGGAGGUCUGCAUCAUCGAGCGCACUUUCAGGCAAGAGCCGGUGCUUCCUAAUGUGAUGAAUUUCGGCUCUCAGCGGUUCAGUGCAAACAAGAUCAAGUCGGAACUCCUGGCCAUGGUUUCAGGGUCCCAGCAGCAUCCACCUAGACCGAAUAACCCUCCAUCCAUCAGUGCCCGUUCGAAUUACCCUGCUUCUUUUAAUCCGUUCACUCAUUUGAAUCUGGCAGAGUACGGUGGAUGUGACGGAUGGUCCACUCUAAGUCCUUCUAAUUCGUCACUAACAAACCGUGUAGAUGGGAGUGCAAAGUAUGCUUCAGGAGCAGAUGUGUCUCUUGGACACGGUAGGGACUACAACGUCAUGAGUGGUGGAAGGUUACAAGAAAGUUUCCUUUUGAACGGGUCGAGGGCACCGGGUGCUGAGUUUUUGUCGCACUACCCAAAUUUCAGCAGGGCUACACAGGAGCUGAGCUUGGAGGGGAACCGACUUUUUCCUUCUCCACCUUGGUUGGCUGAACCAGUGAGACAAAGGCAGCGAUACCAAAGUGUGCAAGCGUCGACACUGUCUUCGACUAAUGGAGAUCUGCACAAAGUUGAUUCGAUGUCAUCCAAUUUGGGGUCCGGUUUACCCCACCAGUCUCACUCGACCCCAGGCCCGACUUUACCAGGGGGGCUUCGAGUUUAUUGUGUGAACUACUUUGGACUACCUGUAGGUGGGCAGCUGAGCUUCACUGACACAUGGCGUUUGGGGGUGACUUGCAGCUGCCACGGCCAAUACAUGUCGGUUUCGAAAUUCACCCAGCAUUCAGGACUUCAUGUUUCGAAUCCUGGGCAAGUGGUGUUUAUGGAGGGAGGUGAAACUUUGGUACAAUGGCGAAAGGCAUUUCUCUUACUAUGCGGGGUGAAGUUCCGGGAAGACAACAUGGGUUGGGAGUGGCUGGAUGUUGGCCCUGUGGAGGCAGGGCACGGGAAGUAUAAAGAUACUAGCCCUGCUGAGACAGGGCACGGACGGUAUAAAGCUGUGUUCACGCAAAGUUGGCAAAAAGAAGUGGACGUCUCGUGCGGCGGGAGCAGUCCGAUGAUGAAGAGCAGAACAACACAGCUGUGGGAUGCCUCCGUAGGCAUCGGGAGCACUUCGACUCUGCAUGCUGCGGAGUCCUUCUCGAAUACAAAGUUCGGGCCUUUGAACACAGGAAAUGUUGGCAUGAUGGAUUCCAGGGAGACGGUGUUGAAGACGUACGGGCAGUCGUACAGAGGAGCGAGCGCGACAUCUGAUGUCGGGUCUGGGCAGUUGCAUACAGCUUCACCGCACGAGAGCCUUUCGAGGGAUCAGGGAUACAUGGGGGUUAAUAUGGUUCAAAGCAUGUCUAAUUCAGGACAAGUGGACAUGAGCAAUGAACAUAAUCUUACAAACGAUGGAGGCCAGCGUUAUUCCUCUGCGGGACAGCAGGUGAGUGCCAGUGUUAGGAAUGGGAAAGGAAUAAACUAUUGGGCAAACAGAUGGACCGAGGGGCAAGAAUAUCGCACAAGAGAGAACGAUAGUUUGUCCAAUUUUGAGCUACGUCUGGGGCAGCCAUCUCAGCAAACACAGGCUGCAGGGACUUCGUUCUCAUCCAUGGCAACCUCUAGCGUGGACCAUCCGAAGCCUCAUUUGUUCGAGCAAGUCACGAGCAAAGUGUGGGAUGGAAAGUUGCAACAUAAUUUACAGCCGUUCAGUACGCCGAAUCUACCGAAGUUUUCUGGCAUUCCUGGCCAGGCGAGGAUGCAGCAUGGUGUCACUGCUGCACGACAAUCAGCUCCAGUAAGGACAGAUCGCCUGGAAAGUUUUGGUUUGGAAAAGCGCGGAGAGGAUAGAGGCCCAGCUUAUCACAACUUAACCCAGAGUACUAGGCAAAUAUUUCAUUCCUUACAAGGGGCCUACGAACCAAAUGCUGUACCAGAUCAGGUUCAAGGGAAAUUCAUGUCUCUAGAAUCCAUUCACCAGUCGAGCAUGUUGAGCAGGAGUGGAGACAGUCAGUUUCGGAGUGUGCAAUCGGGGUCGGAGAAGGUGGCGACGAAGCUCAUAUCACAAAUUGAUCAAUCCCGUAGCAUGGCAUUGGAGAAUGGAACGAGCUUGGAUUCGCUAAGUACAGGGGAGUUGGCGCAGCUAACUCACAAGACUGGACAAAAGUUUUUGGAAGCAGCCAACCAGUCAUCGUUCACCUACCGAGCAACGGAGCUGGAUGGUCCCGGGGUGCAGUUGAAGGGCGCUCUGAGUAGGGGUAUUGGUGCAGAAAAUCUGUCCAACGAUGUGGACAUGUUUGGACGGGCCUCUGUCGGUGCACGUGCAAGCUUUUCGGACAUCCUGAUGAGGAGCCAAGGUCAGCACGAUCCAGGGAUAAGUUCUCGAGGGGCUGUUGAUAAUGCAAAUGGCAGCAGGCUGGAGCAGGAUCCAAAGCUUGGUUUCCAAGUACGAGAACAAGGGACGACGUUGAUGGUUCAACCUCCAGCUCACAGACUUGCUCAGGGAGAUUACAGUGCAAGGUGUGAGGAGAUAGGAAGAGCACCGGGUGUUGAACAUGUAUCAGAGGGUCAGAAAAUAGUGUUGAACAGGACAGAAAUGAAACAGUGGCAGAGUCAAAAUGAGCAGACAGUAAUGGACGACAGGCAAGCUUUGUCACAGGGCGAUACUGAGGCAGUGUACGCGAUUGUUCGGGGUGUGGUGUCGAAGGUGCAGAAUUCAGAAAUUUCGAACCGGUUGAGUUCAGGUGAUGGUGGAAUCAAAGGCAAUGAAGCCGAGCAUGUGCAUGUGCAAUCGGAGCCUCUAGCAGAUCCGGCAGCAAAGGAGGUGGGGGUUGGUGACGCACCGGGUGCAAUUUUACAGAGGAAACCUGAAGUUCCGUCUGUGACUAGAGGGGAAAUACAGUGUGCUUGUUUCAAAUGCAGGAAAGCAAGCCCAUGUACAAGAGGGCAAGCUGUACCAAGGUUCACCGGACAAGUCUGUCUGAAGGAGGUGAAUGGACUUGCAAGCACGGUGGAAGAUGCAAAGAGAGUUGGUUUGGUGGAAGGCGAGCAUGUUGCAUUGGAAUGCUGUGCUCAGGUGCAACAGCUAGACACGGAGCCACGGUUGAACACGGACCCAGCGGAGGAGAGAGAGGCCACUCGUGAUUCUAUUGGUCAGGCCCUGCCAUGGGAACCGAGACAGGGGGGGACGGAUGUGGAAAACCAAGAUGUGAGUGCAAAAUGCGAAGAAGUGAUCCCUGAAGAAAAAGACGGGUUGUCGGAUACUGCUGCGAAGGGCACUACAUCGGGGCGUGGCAGUCCAUUGAGUGCGGCUUGUAGGGAUGUUUGUUCCAACAGCUCAGAGAAUGUUUCAAGCGGACUUUCUGACGAAGGAUGUGCUGCGAGUGGGAAAGGAUGCCCUUUGAUGCAAAAGUCGGGUGUAACGGCUGCUGCAGGUGUUGUAGAUGAAGGGUCUGGAAUAGGUAAAUGCUCUUCCUCGGAGGAUGUGGACAUGGGAGUGGGCACGAAUCCGAAUGCGUUAUCUGUGUCGAAGGAUUCAAGAAAACAUGCGUCUCCGUCAUCCCUCGAAUGCCCAUCAUCCAGUAAUAUGGGAAAGAGGUUAGUAAUGAAAAGAGGCAUCGGAGGAUACUAUAGUAGCAAGGAGACAGAGCACAAUGAGGUGGAAGCAGAGCCGGUGACAAGCACAGGCAUACUGGAGAGGAAGCAGCGGCGCAACAUGAAAUGGAAAUUGCUGGAGUUGGAUGGGGACAGAGGAGCUGCCAAGGAUGUCAGCCCAACGAGUUCGUUCGGACACGGAGCGGAAGCUCCGGUUACAUCAGAGAAGGUAAGAUUGGGAUCCCAGGUGCACGAGGCACAUGCGAGAGCCGAUACGGACUUCUCGACAAAGGACUUGAAAGCGUUGAGCGGAGAGAUGUUGCCGCCUUCCAAGCGUCGGAAGCUCGCCAUACCGAAACGGCACCAAGAAGUAAAGACGACGAAUGUGACUGAAGAGAAUGUUGAGGCGGCCAGCUUGGGUGAGGAUUCGAAGAAUAAGGCGAGCACUCUGGUGAAACGAGUCCCUACAUCUGGCGUGAAUCGUCAAAAUGUGAAAAAAGGGAUCCGGACGAAGUUACAGUUGAAUUGUGGCGGAAAGGAUUGGAGAAGUAACGCAGGUGGGGACGGUUGUCCGGACAUAGGAUACAGCAGUGAGGCAGGGAUGGGUAUGUCGACGACUCCCAAAACAGGGGCUCUGAGCAUAGUUUCGGCUACUUGUGGUUCAGGUUCAGGGAAAGCAGACAAUGUAUGUCCGAUUGCAGUGCCGACUUUCUUGACGAAGAGCCUUCGCAGUCCGCGAACGCCGUUGGCCAGACCGAGUCCACGACACGCGAAGAUAAUGUCGUUAAGCGUGAUUCUGAAACACGCCAAAGAUGCGAACCCAGUUCCCAGAGAAGUCCAAAAUAGGCCAACCGAACAGAAGCUGAGGGAUGGCUUUCCAGAGUCCAGAAAUGAAGGCACGAUUCAGAGGAGUUUAGAUGCACACGUAGCUAGUAGCAGUGUCACAGCCAGACAUGGCAAAGAAGUCAAUGAUCGACAACGUCCUGACAUGAGAGUAUCAUGGAAGGCUUCGAAACCUAGAAUAAAAAGCAUAAUGCACAAGGCUGAUGCACACGUUGCUACUCAUGGUAUCACAGCCGAUCCUAAAAAAGAAGUGAUGGAUCGAGUUCAUUCUAACAUGGGAAUAGCAUGUAAGAUUUCAAAAUCCAGAGUGGAAGGUGCAUUGCAGAAGAGGGAUGAUGCACGUGCAUGUUCUGACAGUGUUAGAGCCGGUCAUUCGAAAGAAGUGAAAGAUCGGUAUCAUCCUGACACUGAUGUAGUAUUUAAGGAAGAACGUAGGAUGAGGUUGAUGCACAAAGAAGAUGCACUAAAUCGGAAAGUCCGAAGUCUGUUGGAGUUGACUUGUAAGAACAAUACGCUUGGGCCAGGUGCAGAGGUGUUUGAGUUUGCUGAGGAUGAAGAUCCAGCAGCAGUUUUGAAAGCUGACAAACUAGCGUCAGCAGCUGUAGAAAUGGACAACCCGGCACCACGACCUGCAUCUAUGGGUAUCAAUGGCCCUAUCCCUCGCGGUGAGAGGUCAGCAAGGCCAGGGGUUCCAAAUAGAAGGAAAGUAGAGUGGCACCGAAGCAAAGACGCACAGAUAGAACAAUCCAAGAGUGAGAAUUUAGCUGCAGAGAGGGAGAGAAGAAUUACUGAUAGGCAGAGGACUUCUGUGUGCGACUUAUCACAAGUGAGGCCAGCAAGCGGCAACAGUAUCUCAAAAGUAAAGCAUCAGCAGGGGCUUGGUGAGCAGGGUUGCCUCGUUAGGAAGCAGGUACGGUCAAGUAAGGUGAAUAUAGGUAAAGUGACGCAGGAUGAGUUGCAAGUCAAAGACGCAAGAGCUUUUGAUGAUGAAGUGCGAGUGGGAGAUACAGGCGCAGUGAAGCAUGAUGUGAGGCAUAUACAAAAAGGGGGCAUAACUGGACUAGGAGUGCUUAAAAGAAAACCUCAGCUGUUGUCUCUGCCUGGAAUCGGUGCUAAACGCUCGAAAUUGGCUCCCGGAUUGAAGAGGGUGAAAGAGAGCUCAGUAUACGAGAUUGAGAGAUCCAUGGAAAACGGUGCUCUGUCAAAGAGUUCCAAGGGAGAGCUCGUCCUAGAUAAUAAAAAGUUGAAAGAGCCGGUGGAAUCCCGUCUAGGAAGUAACAUGAAGGUGCACUUGAAAGGAAAACCCACGAAUUCGAAAGAGGUGGUUGUUACCUAUUUCAAUAAAGAAAAAUCAGUGGCUAGUUUUGAAGCAAAAAAGCCUAACCCUCAUGAAAGGAGCAAAUGUGACGUUUGUGGGAUAUUUACCUCAGCCAGCUACAAUAAGUUGUUGUGUUGUAGUCGGUGUCCAGUCAAGGUUCAUCAGGCAUGUUACGGCGUGCCCAAGAUUCCAAAAGGGCCUUGGUCGUGUCGUACUUGUAAAUUCAAGGUUACCAAUCCGAUAUGUGUACUUUGUGGAUACGGGGGUGGAGCUAUGACCCGCGUCCACAAAUCUCGAAGUUUCUGCCACGGAUUACUACGAGUCUGGCGAGACAUGAAGGAUGAGAGCAUACUUGACUCCUUUAUAGAGGAUGAUGAAGAAACCCUUUUGUCAGCAACAAAGAACAAUCAGUUAUCCAGGAAUAAGUCGACCUCUAAUCUCCCAGGAAAGGAUCUCAAGAUUAAUCCUACGAAUGUCAGAGAAUGUGACUCGUGUGAUUGUGAGGAGCCCAGAGAUGAAAAUUCGGUUCGCAAAGUUUGUCACAAGGACAGUCCUGAACACAGAAGCAGUGGCGGCAAUAUGGUGAAGCAUCCUGAUAGGGUCGUGACUGCAAAUUCAGGACAUGAAAGUUGGUUGAGGAACAAUACAGUUCGAAGCAUCUUGAAGGAUGUUGCAGCCAAACAGUGGGCGCAUAUGGUGUGCGCAUUGUGGAUGCCCGGAACGCGGUGUCUGAACAUGGGCACCAUGGGAGUGUUUGAUGUUUCGAAUGUAAAUGCAUCCCUUCGAAAAAUGCUAUGCUCCAUAUGUCACAGAAGAGGUGGUGCCUGCAUACAGUGUCGUGUACCGAAUUGCUCUACACCAAUUCACGUCUGGUGUGCCCAUGAGAAGGGUCUGUUGCAAAGUGAAAUUGUACAGGAUGGUAGCAAUCGAGUUGGUUUUUUCGGGAAAUGUCAAACUCAUGGCGAUUAUUGUGGUAGUGAGUCGGACGAUGUAGCUAAGGAAGGGAUUUGUACUUACACUCGGGAAAGUUGUGUCCGUACUGAGGGAUACAAAGGGAAGUUGAGUUUGGAAGAACGAGCCAAAGCACAGCAGCGGAUGACCUUGGAAGGAGGUUUGGCUGUCACUCCUGAGCAGGUUACUGCAGCACUCCGGAUCGAUGUUCGUAAAAUAUCUAGUCGUCGGUCUCUGAAACCAGCUACCUCAGCCUUGAAAUGUGAUCAACGAGAAUACCUUCGAUUUAAGCAAAAGAAAGGUUGGAAGAGACUUGCUGUAUAUAAAUCAGGAAUCCAUGCACUCGGGCUCUACACUACGGAUUUCAUUGCAGAGGGUGAAGUGGUUGUUGAAUACGUAGGCGAGAUAGUGGGUUCACGUGUUGCCGACAAGCGGGAAGCUGAGUAUCAUUCUGGGAAACGGUUACAAUAUCAGGGCGCUUGCUACCUGUUCAGGAUAGACACGGAGCAGAUCAUUGAUGCCACCCGUAAAGGUGGUAUUGCUCGUUUUGUAAACCAUUCCUGUUCGCCUAAUUGCGUUGCGAAGGUGAUCUGCGUAGAGAACCUCAAAAAGGUCGUCUUCUUUGCAAAGAGGAACAUUUAUGCUGCAGAGGAGGUAACGUAUGACUACAAAUUCAACUGCGACGAGGUUGGUGAUAAGAUUCCUUGCUUUUGUGGUUCGCCUGAGUGUAGAGGAACAUUGAAUUAGUGGUAUCAGCUAAAAUCAGCAAAGAGUUUGAAUUGUUUGUACCAAAAAUCUAGGUAGAUGGUAGCUAUACAUUAGUAAAUAGCACUUGUGCGCAUCCACUGCACAUGAUUUGUGCAACCUAAGCAGCACAUAAUUUAUGGAGCGUAUGUGGUCUUGAGCACCCACUUAAAAACUCGUUAUGAGUAUGUGGCACAGCUGGUAAGCAACAGAACACUUCUGCUUAUAUUGGUUACUUCUGUGUGUGAAACAAUCUGAUGUGAGCCAAUUGUCCGUUAACAUGCUCCUAUUUCCA